AUGGACAACGACGGCCCCCCGGAGAAGGAGCAGACUCCCGCUUCGAACCUGCACCAAGUCUAUAGUCAGGAAAAGCGCGUAGCAGACAGCCACGAUACCCUCGUCGUUCCACCAGGCACCCCCACAGGAGCAACAAGCACAGAGACGCUCGCCCUCGCCCACCCGUAUCCCCCCACGACAUCAACAGCGCCAGUGAAGAAUACAACAUGGCGGUUAACAGACCAAGUCGUCAAGAACCGAGACCGUGACCGAGCGGCUGGCUACAAGCCGCGUGAGCUGGGUGUGACAUGGCAGGGUCUCUCCGUCGAGGUUCCUACCGCCGAGGCCUCCGUCAACGAGAACCUGUUCUCCCAGUUCAACAUCCCUCAGGUUGCAAAGGAUUAUUUCCGGAAGCCGCCUGUGCGUCCGAUCCUCUCGGACUCUCAUGGCUGUGUCAAACCUGGUGAGAUGCUGCUUGUGCUUGGCCGGCCAGGAUCCGGUUGCACAACGCUUCUGAACCUCCUGUCGAAUCGGCGUCAGGGAUAUCGCAUGAUCAAGGGUGAUGUUCGAUUCGGGACCAUGGAUCCUAAGGAAGCUGAAAGGUAUAGGGGGCAGAUUGUGAUGAACACGGAGGAGGAGCUCUUCUACCCGCACCUCCAGGUAGGGGCCACUAUGGACUUUGCAACGAAGCUCAAGGUUCCCGCGCAUCUUCCGGAUGGAGCAGACUCGAUAGAUGGGUAUGUUAAAGAAACCAAGGACUUUCUCCUAGAGUCCAUGGGAAUUUCACACACUGCACAUACGAAGGUCGGUAAUGAGUUUGUGCGUGGUGUAUCCGGCGGCGAGCGAAAACGUGUUUCUAUCAUUGAGUGCCUGGCAACGCGGGGAUCAGUGUUCUGUUGGGAUAACAGCACCCGUGGACUCGACGCAAGCACUUCGCUGGAGUGGGCGAAAGCAUUGAGAGCAAUGACCGAUGUCAACGGGUUAGCGACGAUCGUCACGCUCUAUCAAGCGGGAAAUGGCAUUUACAACCUCUUCGACAAGGUCCUUGUCCUGGACGAGGGGAAGCAGAUAUACUAUGGGCCAGCGGCAGAAGCGAAGCCGUUCAUGGAAGAACUAGGGUUUGUCUAUACUGAGGGUGGAAAUAUCGGCGACUUUUUGACCGGUGUCACAGUCCCGACUGAGCGCAGAAUUAAGCCUGGCUACGAGAGCCGCUUUCCCAGGAAUGCCGACGAGAUUAGGGCCUUGUACGAGAAAUCGCCAAUUUACAGCCAGAUGAUCGCGGAGUACGACUAUCCGCAGACACCGCUAGCCAAAGAGAGAACAGAGGCGUUCAAAGAGUCCGUCGCAUGGGAACAAGCCAAAGAGCUCCCCAAAGGAAGCUCGUUGACCGUCGGCUUCUGGUCACAACUGCUUGCAUGCACCAUCCGUCAAUAUCAGAUUCUCUGGGGUGAAAAGUCCACGUUCCUGAUGAAACAAGUUCUAUCUCUGGCUAUGGCGUUGAUUGCAGGAUCCUGUUUCUACGAUGCUCCCGACGAUUCCUCAGGAUUGUUCAUUAAGGGAGGUGGUGUCUUCUUUGCUGUACUAUAUAACAACAUUGUCGCCAUGUCUGAAGUCACCGAGUCCUUCAAGGGUCGCCCUGUGCUGGUGAAGCACAAGUCGUUUGCCAUGUACCACCCAGCAGCAUUCUGUUUAGCUCAGAUUAUGGCUGAUUUCCCUGUCCUGCUUUUCCAAUGUACAAUAUUCAGUGUCGUGAUGUACUGGAUGAUCGGACUAAAACAUACUGCUGCUGCUUUCUUCACGUUUUGGGCCAUCCUGUUCACAAUUACUCUGUGCUUGACAGCAAUGUUCCGCUGCAUCGGCGCCGCUUUCAAGACAUUCGAAGCUGCAUCCAAAAUCUCAGGUACGGCUGUAAAAGGCAUCGUCAUGUACGCCGGUUACAUGAUUCCCAAGCCUGAUGUCAGGAACUGGUUCGUCGAAUUAUACUACACUAAUCCGUUCGCCUACGCCUUUCAAGCUGCCCUCUCCAAUGAAUUUCACGAUCAGCACAUCGCUUGCGUCGGCGAAAACCUUAUACCAAGCGGCCCUGGAUACGAAGACGUGGGUGCCGGCCACCAAGCCUGCGCUGGUGUUGGCGGUGCACUCCCUGGUGCUGCUUAUGUUACUGGAGAUCAGUAUCUCGGCUCCUUACACUACAAAUUUACGCAGCUUUGGCGAAACUACGGUGUGGUCUGGGGUUUCUGGGGCCUCUUUGCCGUUUUGACGAUCAUUUUCACUACCUUCUGGAAUGCAGGGGCUGGCAGCGGUUCGACCCUCUUCGUGCCCCGAGAGAAGAUCAAGCAGCAUCAAAGACACAAGGAUGAAGAGUCCCAGUCGCAGGUUGGAGCAGCCACCGCCCGAGACGGUGGUGAUACAUCGCUGGAUGAAGGGAAUAUCUCGCGCAACACGUCUAUCUUCACCUGGCAGAAUUUGACAUAUACUGUAAACACCCCUACCGGUGAACGUGUGCUCUUGGACAAGGUCAAUGGCUAUGUAAAGCCCGGAAUGCUGGGUGCUCUCAUGGGAUCGUCUGGUGCAGGCAAAACGACGCUACUGGAUGUUUUGGCGCAGCGCAAGACCGACGGUACUAUCAAAGGCUCUAUCAUGGUGGACGGAAGACCUCUCCCUGUUUCCUUCCAGCGAUCUGCUGGAUACUGUGAGCAAUUGGACAUACACGAGGAAUAUGCUACUGUCCGAGAAGCAUUGGAGUUUUCUGCCUUGCUUCGUCAACCUAGGACCACCCCCAGAGAGGAAAAGUUGAAAUACGUUGACACCAUCAUCAAUCUCCUUGAGCUUCAGGAUCUGGCAGAUACCUUGAUUGGGGGGGUUGGAAACGGCCUCAGCGUCGAGCAGAGAAAGCGUGUCACAAUUGGUGUUGAACUUGUUGCGAAACCCAGCAUCUUGAUCUUCUUAGAUGAACCUACCUCUGGGCUUGACGGGCAGUCGGCCUAUAAUACAGUCCGAUUCCUGAGAAAACUUGCAGAUAUUGGGCAAGCUAUCCUGGUUACUAUCCAUCAACCGUCCGCCCAGCUCUUCGCCGAGUUCGACACUCUCCUUCUACUGGCGAGGGGUGGUAAGACCGUGUACUUUGGAGACAUUGGCGAGAACGGACGCACAAUCAAGCAGUACUUUGGCAAAUAUGGCGCACAGUGUCCUGUCGAGGCCAACCCGGCCGAGUUCAUGAUUGACGUUGUCACUGGCGCUAUCCCAGAGGUGAAGGACAACGACUGGCACCAGAUCUGGCUUGAAUCACCGGAGAAUGCUAAAAUGAUCAAGGAUCUGGAGGAUAUGAUCGCCGACGCAGCCUCUAAGCCCCCCGGGACACAUGAUGACGGAUUCGAGUUCUCGAUGCCUCUAUGGGAGCAGAUCAAAAUCGUCACCCACCGCAUGAACGUCUCCUUAUAUCGAAACACUAACUACAUCAACAACAAAUUCAGUCUACAUAUCAUCUCCGCCUUGCUAAACGGGUUUUCAUUCUGGAGAGCAGGACCCAAGACAGGUGUGAGUGACCUGAACCUGAAGAUGUUCUCGAUAUUCAAUUUCGUGUUCGUCGCCCCCGGUGUGAUCAACCAGCUUCAGCCACUCUUCAUCCAGCGCCGAAACAUCUACGACGCGCGUGAAAAGAAGUCCAAGAUGUAUUCGUGGAUCAGUUUUGUGAUUGGUCUUAUUGUUAGCGAAUUCCCCUAUCUUUGUGUCUGCGCAGUGCUCUACUUCCUUUGCUGGUACUACUGUGUCAAGCUUCCGUAUGACUCCAGCAGAGCAGGAUCAACGUUCUUCAUCAUGCUCAUCUACGAGUUCAUCUACACCGGCAUUGGUCAAACCAUCGCGGCAAUUGCUCCCAACGCAACGUUUGCAGCACUCGUGAACCCAUUGAUCAUCUCUAUCCUGGUUCUCUUCUGCGGCGUCUUCGUCCCAUACACCCAGAUGAACGUCUUCUGGAAGUACUGGCUGUACUACCUCAACCCUUUCAACUAUGUUGUUUCUGGCAUGCUGACCUUCGGUAUCUGGGGCAACAAUGUCAUUUGCAAUGAUGAUGAGUACGCGCGCUUUGAUCCUGUGAACGGGACCUGUGCCGAAUAUCUCAAGGACUACGUCACUGGUUCUGGUUGGGCGAUUAACCUCGCGAAUCCAGAGGCGACGUCUGACUGCAGGGUGUGCCAAUUUCGCGAUGGGAGUGACUUCUUGACGACGCUGAACAUCAAGCACUACUACUACGGCUGGAGAGAUGCGGGUAUCUGUGUGAUCUUUGCUAUCAGUGGACUGCAUAGAGUGCUUGCUCUUGGUAUACAACGCAUCUCUGUCCAGGUGUCUGCAAUGAACACUAGGGAUGUUACGUGCUUUCGAGCUCUCCUGCCUUAG